UUGUCUUAACUCUAAUGCGUUUAGGAAACAAACAUGGAGGUUUUUGAAUUAAAUUCAACCGCUUCUCUUCUCUGAGGCAUAUACGGUGUGUACAAACACGCGAAUAAGAUGGUUCCAUCUAAAUCUAAGAGAAGUGAAUCUAGACGUUCAUCGAUUCUUAAAUCACGUAAACCACGGCAACCAUUGCAAAAUGUAAAUUUUGAUUCUUCGUCCAACGAAAACAGUCCAGCUGCAUCAUCAAAAGUCAAAAGACGGGUUAGUUUUGCGGAGAAAAAACAUGUCAAAGAGUUUUGUCACUCCACUGAACAAGGGACUGUAUGGGAUAAUACAUAUGAGGAGCACGAUUUUAGUUUAAAAAGAUCGCCUCUAGGUGAUCAGAAUGCUGAAGCUGAAUCGAAAGAAACUGCAUUAUACACUUCUAAUAAUGACUCCAUAUGUAUUUAUUCCGAAAAAAAUUCAGAUUAUCCAAACAGUACCUAUCUUGUAAAUAAUCAGCUAUCGCAAAAAUCUGCUGCAAGAGCCAAUGAAGAAAAUGACGAUGCAAGCAGUGAUUUAGAUUUCACCAAUCCAGUAAGAUCUACAAAAUUAUUUAAUAUAUCUCAACUUGGAUCUGCCGCAUUGCCAAAUAAACCUUGUGUAUCUGAGGAUGCAAUACCAAGUGGUACUGUUGCAUGUAGCGACUCGGAUGAAAAAUGUGUGGUAUGGCCUGAUGAAGAAUCUCAAUCCAGACAAACUGUAAUAACAAAAACAUCCAAAAAUAUUAAGUCAAGCAAUAUUACGACAUAUAGAGAUUCCGAUGAAGAGGGCUGUGUGGAUAAUGUUACCGAUAAAUAUUAUUCCGAGUCGUGUUCUCACAAUGUUAAUUCUGAAUUAGACAAGACACGUAUCCAAGAUUUAUCUAUGGAAUUAACAGCACCAAUAUCUGUAUCUUUAUUAUCUUCACAUCUACAUGCAGAAGAACGAAAGGAGCAGGAUCUUAAUGAAAGCAUAGAUAAUUUAGAUACAAAUUGUGCUAAUUAUAAUAAUGUAUCGAUGGAAAUUACCGAGGCUGUACCAAUAUUUACAAAAUCUGUCGCUUCUAAUUUAGGAAUUUUCGAACAAGUUUCAACAAUAUUACAAAAUUGCGAAAAACCAAAAUCCGAUACGGCAAAUGCUCAUAGCAUGAUAUUUCCAACAAAUUUACAAUCUAAUAUUGUUUUUAAAGAUAUUUCUGAACAUACACAAGAUAUAAACUAUGCCAAUGAAUCAAUGGUAUUAACAUCUGUAAUACAGCCAUUCACAGAUGUCACAGACAUAUGUCGUAUAAAUAAUACAGCUUCCGAUACUUCAAUGGAAAGGCUUCCUGUACCAUCUAGAAUGUAUCAAAAAAAGGUUAAUAAAAAUAUAAUAAAAAGAAAUUAUCCGAGGAAGGAUGAAACUGAUAAGACUGAGAUUUUUAAUGAUGUACUGAUGGAAAUGACAAAGCCUGUAGAUACUAUAUUUCCAAAUGUUUAUAAUGAGGAGAAUUUUAAAGUAGACGAACCAAUAUCUGGAGAUGAUAGAACUAUGUUGUUUAAUAAUGCAUCCAUGGAAAUGACCAAGGCAGUGUCGACAAAAAGCAAACAAGAUAUUACUGAUACAAUCAUUUGUAAAUCAUUGUCUAAAGAGAGUACACAUAGUGAAAAAGAUGUAAAUAUACCAGCCUGCUUUGAUGAAGGGACUAGAAUAUUAUGCAAGUCUAUGGAAAUUACUCAAGUUGUUCCUUUGCACCAUGAGAGAAUGUUACAGGUUGCGCAAUCAAACAAAGGUAUGUGUGAUGAUAAAAAUGAUAGAACUGAAUUUUUCAAUAAUGUAUCAAUGGAAAUAACAAAGCCAGUAAAUGUAGCAUCUUUAAACAUUGACAAAGAGAAUUUAAAAUUCGACGAAUCAAAGGUGUCGAAGGAUGAUAAAACUAUGCUCUUCCAUAAUUUAUCCAUAGAAAUGACUACAGCGGUGUCGACAAGAAACCAAAAAGAAAUUACUUGUAAAUCAAUAUUUGAAGAGAGUAUAUCUGGAGAAAAGGAUAUAAAUAAUUCAACCUGCUUUAACGAAGGAACCAAAUUGUUGUGUAAAUCCAUGGAGUUUACCGAAGUUGUCCCGAUUCCUUUGCACGAUGAGAAAACGUGUAAUACUACUAAUACUCCCCACACUACACAGUCCACAUCAUUUUCCCAAACGUUGUCGAAAACAGUAUCAUUACCCACUGAAAAUUCCGCGAGAAUAGUACUCCAAACUGAUGCACUUCCAAAUGAAAUAAUUCAAGAUAUAUCAAUGGAAAUUACUGCUGCAGUACCAUCGACAUUACAUCUUACACAAGACGCGGAAGUACAUAAAACAGAGAAUUUAAUCAUUUCUACAAAUGAUCAAGUCCAACAUCUAGUGGCAAAUAAUAAUCUAAGAAAUUCACAGAAAAAUGUAACAAAAGAAAAUUUUACAGUUUCAAGAGAAAUUGUGGAAAUACAAAAUAGUCAAUACAAUGAAUUGUCUAAUAUUUUCGUUAUUCAGUCUUCACGGGAUAAUUUGGAUCACUCUUUAAAUGCAAACUUGGAAAAAACCAGCGAUAAAAAAAGAAUGUCUGAUGAAAAUGAAAUAUUACAUUCAAAAAGAGUUCGUGGUUCUUUUAGUUUAGAAGUUCAGUCUUCUCAGGAAAAUGAUGUACAUUCACUUCCAAGUACUAGCGCUAACUGUGUAAAUAAUAUUGAACGUAAUGAUUGUUUUGUAAAAGAUAUAAUGGAUCAUACGGAGUUAUCGGACCUAAAUCCUCUUAGGGAUAGUCUAAAUGAGAUUAGUGAAUAUAGUUUCUUAAGGAAAAGUUUGCCAUAUCCAGAAAACAGUUUUGUAGAGCUGCAGUCGAUUAAACCACCAUCGUUCGUAUGUUUAGACAGCGAGGAAGAAAAUUCUUCCCGCGAAAUUCAACAGAAACUUCAGUCAUCGACCAUCACUAACCGAUUAAUAAUAAAUAAUGUAAUAAAAUGCAGCCUAAUAAAUUCGAGGGAAAACGUCGCAGAUGAUUAUGUCGCAAUUUUAACUGAAAAAGAGGAGUCAAUAAAUAUUGAGAACAAUCAAAUAGAAGAUUGUCACAAAAGCACUAUAUUAGAUAAAACUGAAGAUAAUCAGGAAAUUGAUUGCCAGGCCAACACAAAGACAAUUGUUAACGAUGAUCGAUUUAAUAAAUUAAAUUGUACAACAAAGAAUAUUAAUGAAGAAAGCAUAUUAUCAAUGAAUAAGAAGGCUGUACAAGAUAUUAACCAUUGUACAUCAUUAAUUAUCAAAGAAAAAGUAAUAGAUGAAGACCAAGUAGAUCAAAGAGAAUGUAUCCGAAAAAGGGUAAACGAAGAUGUAAAGCUGCAGAAUAAUAUUAAAAAGAAAGGACGGUUCUCGGAUGAAAAAAGACAGGAGACAGAGAAAUGCAAUGAUCAUCUCGAAGGCACAGGAGCAGUAAUCGAAGAUCAAAUAGAUCCUGACGAAUGUAGAAAAAAUUUGAUUGAUGAAGUGAAAGGUACAGAACAAAAAGACGAAUGUGCAACAGAAGAACUUGUAACGGCACAUUUUAGUACAAUUAAGGACAUUAGAAAUGAAUCUUUAACCGAACAAGAUCCCUUUUUAAAAUUAUUGCAAAAAUUAGAAACGCAUGCUACAAGUGGAUAUUGCAUUGUGGACUAUACGAUAUACUAUAAGAACAUCGCUAAAAAAAUAAUCGUUUUUGGUUUUAUAUCAAAUUCAUUAUUGAUAGUGACACACUUAUCAUAUGAUUUUAAUGACUUCGAGAAUAAUUUGCUUAAAGAAAUCAAAAUUAUUUCCCGUAUUUCAGAUGAUGCAGAUGUACUAAUAAAGAUAGUUCACAAAUUAAUUCUGGAGAAAGUAAACACGGAAAUACUUACGAAUUUGUAUAGAACUCAUCAAGACAUUCUUCCGAUGCUAAAUUAUAUUUCGCAAAAUGUGAAACUAGCGAUGGAUUUCAUGUUCGAUUUAAGGCGUUUGGAUGAUCUAAACUUAAUGGAGAUUGUUGACGACAAAAUUUCAUUCGUCUCUCGAAGCAAACGGAUGGAUAUUAUAUUGAACGUUACGAUUAAAGUGAAACCAUUUGAUAAACUCACUCCGAAUGAUAUCAACCUUCGUUGUCUACUGGGUAGAAUAAAAAUGCCGAAAUUAUUUUGGGACCUAUUCGCUUUAACAUUGAUAAUGACGGCGUCAUGUCUCGACGCAGAGGACAAUGUCACAAUGACAAUAGAGAUGUCUACAUUGAUGGCAACAUUGACAACAAGUACAUCCAUACCGACGAUCACCGAAGAAAAUGCAUUGUCGUCGUCGGUGACUGUGACAACGCAAGACGAUGGCAUCCCGAAAAAUCUGUCCCACGUAUCACCAUCACCAUUGCCGUCGCCAUCGCCGUCUUCGCUGUCGUCUUUCUCCGAUACUGCGUGGGAAUGUCCGAAUAUCACAAAAGCAGGCGUGGAGUGUUCUUGUGACUUUCCACAUACGCUCAGAUGUACCGGCGAUAGAACGGCACUGCAGACAAUCAGCGAACAUUUAAAGCAUAGUCAACCGGACACAAUAUCAUUAUUGGAUGUGACCGUGACAGGGAUUUCCGUAUUACCGGCAUAUUUCCUCGAAGAUGUGGCACUUCAUGGAUUAGUCGUCUCCACCGGCGAGUUGCGACACGUUCACGAAAACGCGUUUACCGCCCUGGCGCGACCGUUACAAGCGUUAGGGCUGCCCAGCAAUCUCCUGGAUUCAGUUCCCACGAUCGCGCUAUCACAUCUGGUCGGUCUGGACCGAUUGGAUUUAUCUCACAACAAAUUGAAGACAUUAGAAGCGGACUCGUUCAAGGGACUGUCAAAUUUGACUUAUCUAGACUUGUGCGACAAUCUGCUGUCACAAUUGUCGCCGCAGGUUUUUUUGACAUUGCCGGCAUUGCGUUCGCUAAGAAUGCGUGGAAAUCACCUGAGUGUUUCUGCGCUGUCUGCGUUGAGAGAUCUGAAGCGCUUGGAAGAACUAGAUUUAUCGAACAAUCGACUGCUGGGCCCGAUGGGUCCAAAUCUAUUGCCACAAAUGCCCAAACUACAUUUUCUUACAGUUUCAGAAAACGGUCUCGUCAAUGUUCAGCAGGGAGCUCUCAUGGGUCUGAGAAAUCUCACUUAUCUGAGUUUGAGUCACAAUCAAAUUGACGUGUUAGAGGAUCAUUCAUUUAAGUACCUGUCGACUUUAACACGACUGGACCUGGCGAACAAUCGCAUCGUCGCUGUGUCUAGUGCUUCCUUGGCCCAUUUAGAAAAAUUAAUUACUUUAGAUUUAACGCACAAUUUUCUACGUGCGUUGACGGCUGAUCUGAUAGUGCCAUUGAAGAGUUUACAAGAUCUACGAUUAGAUGACAAUGACAUCACAAUUGUGGCGAACGAUGUGCUAACGUCAAAACAGCGCCUCAAGAGACUCUCUCUCGCCGACAAUCCGUUAAAUUGUGAUUGCACCUUACUGGAGUUUGCUAAUUGGCUAGCAAACUCCAGCCUUGUGGAAGAAGAUAAGUCAUCGGCAGUGUGUGCGACACCGCCUGCUUUGGAGAACGGUAUCCUGACGCAAGUACCGCCGGGCAGUUUGCUUUGCGGCGAGCCGACACCGUCCAUGGUGACUCGAGAACCUCCGACUGCAGGUGCACAGCUGAGUCUCAAAGAAUUUCGCUACGACGAGUCGACUGGCAUCAAUUUAUUAUGGCAUGUGGAGCAGUGUGCCGAACGUUACACUUGCGAUUCGCUUAUCGUCUAUGAAACAAUUGGCGACAGUGAGAUCCAAACGGAGUCCAGCCCGCUGCAUUGUGAUUCCCGAAUGAUGAGAGAUCCCUGUAUCCUGCCAGUCACCAUACCAGCCUCUCUACACCUGCAAUUAGGUCACAAGUAUCGUUAUUGUGUAGUUUUGUUAGUACCCACUGUCUACGACGACGUGUCUCUCGGUCUCGGUUGUAGCGACGUCAUCGUUUUAGAAAAGACUCGAGUCUCGACGGAAGAUCGGUAUAACGCGAAAGAAGGAGAUUCUCAUUCUCCAACGUCCACGCAGACAUCUCUUGACUCAUAUUCACGAAUCACCGGCGUUCAUGUAAACGUAUCUGAUAAGAGCUAUUUGCAUAUCAACGUACUUCUCUCCAGAACAAAGGACAUGGAUUUAUCAUCGACAUGCCAACUGUCCAUUUUUGUAUUCGACGAGGUCACGGUGGUGCAUCGACAGAGACUCAAUUGUAGCGCCGCAUCCGUCAUCACCGACGUACAAGUAUCGUUGCCGGGUUAUUACAGAGUGUGCGCCAGCUUGGAUGAAUUUAUCAACAUUAUCGUUAUGUCUAGCAACUUGGCGGACGAUCGCGAGAGAUUCCGUUGCGUUGAAUUAGUCGAACAGGGCUACAGCAAGCGAAACGUCGAGGUAUUUAUCAUUAUGGCCGUGAUCGCUGCUACCGGUGUUCUUCUUGUUAUCCUUGCCGUGCUCGGUAGAAAUCUCGCAAGACGUCUGCGACAUCCGAGGAUACAGGCGCAAUGCUUCCUGCCGGCCCAGGAAUUCGAAAUUACCCAUAAAGCUCAUUAUAUCAAACUCCUGGCAACGACAAAAGUUUAACGGAUAUUGGUGAUAAAUUCAAUAUUAUUUUUAGAAUUCUCUCUCAAGAAUCAGAAUACAAGAAUUCAGAAAUAUGAAUAGAAAUAUAAAAGCAAAACUUACACAUUCUCUCCGGUGAAAUACUGAGGUAAAGGAGUAUAUAACUUAUUAUUCUAUAUUUCUAUAUUUUACAAAUUGCGUUCUUUUGUCUUUCCAGAUAAGAAUGUGAAGCAAAAACUAAUUUUAGCGUAUACUUAGGUGUUUAUUAUUUUAUAUUUUUAAUUAUAUAUGUUCAAGUUAAUUACUUUUAAUUCUGAAAUGAUAAUAAAUACAAUUCAUUCAAGUUUUGUAUGUAUGAAAGUUUUUAAUUUUGCCAAAAAUUUUGGAAGAUGAUAGAAGAUGUAAGUUUUGUUUUCAUAUGCUUCAAAUGUAUUCUCCAAGAUUGAUCUAAAUAAAUAUAUGUGUAUAA